AGUUAGGUGCUCCACCGAUCGCAAAUUUCACCCAUUCUUUCAAGGAGUUGCUAGGAAGUCCCCAUACUGUUCAUGGCUAGACUUUCCUAUUUCAUCUUUCUCUCCCUCCUCUCUUCCUUCGCCGCCGUACUGGUGGCCGGAGAAGACCACAAAUUUGGGAGAACCAUAAACAGAAAGCUAUAUGGUCUCAAGAAAGAAAAGCUAAGCCAUUUCCGGUUAUAUUGGCACGAUGCCGUCACAGGUUCCAACGCCUCCUCCGUCCUAGUGGUGCCGCCGGAGAACACAUCAACUACAGCUUUCGGGAUGGUAAGGAUGAUCGAUAACGCUCUAACGUUAGGCCCACAAAUGAGCUCAAAGUUGGUGGGAAGAGCACAAGGGUUUUAUGCACAAGCUGCUCAGCAAGAGAUCGGAUUAUUAAUGGCGAUGAACUUUGCUUUUAUUGAAGGUAAGUAUAAUGGGAGUACUAUCACGGUUCUUGGACGGAACACGGUGUUUUCAAAGGUGAGAGAGAUGCCGGUGGUCGGAGGAAGUGGGCUGUUCCGGUUUGCUAGAGGUUAUGUUCAGGCGAGAACACACUGGUUAAAUAUGACAUCAGGAGAUGCUAUAGUUGAGUAUAAUAUCUAUGUGCUGCAUUAUUGAUGCUUUUUCUGAUCUUCCUCUUAAUUAUUGCUUAUAUAUUAUGAUGUAUUUUAUUUUUAUACACAUUUGCAAUUUCUUUUUUAGAAUAUGCAAAAUGUGAAUAAAGAGGAAAUAGUGUUUUUUUU